AACGCAAUAAACAUUUUGGGGUCGAUAGCGCAAGCGCAUGUGAGUAAAUAAAUAAAUAAAUAAAUAAGUCGAAACGGGAGGCGAGCGUCAUCCGCAGUGUGUUAGCUUUUAGCCUCCAUCUCCUUGCAGCACCUGCGCGCGCUCAGGCAUCAGAAGACGGCGCGCGAGGAACCCAAACACGACCAGCGACGGAAGCACGGUUCGGGAGAGUGGUGUUUUUUGCCAUACUGAAUCGCUGAUCGAAUCCUUUUUUUUUGGUUGGAAGAGAAGGGGAGAGAGAGAGAGAGAGAGAGAGGUGGUUGUAACGGCGCGGUUGCCGUUGCUGAUGUGAUGCACACAUGUCCGCGGGUGUGAAGUCGCCAUUCUCCGCCCUGCAGCGCGGAUUCUCCGUCUCCCUGUGCGGACACCAGCGCUGAUCCGGAUCACACACCGACUACAAGCACCGCAGGCCUGGAAGACCGAACAGGAUCAGUACCUUGGCCUGAUAGGACAUCAAAUCAAUAACUGAUGCAGUUUAUUCUGUAUGGACGAGGCAUCUGACCGGAUUUUUAUUCCCCCACACCUAUUUUCCCAGACCUCCAACAUGGGACGACAUUGAUUGAAGAAGAAAAGAAUCUUCCUUCUUUAUUUCAUCCCGCGACGAUUUCUAGGCUAAUCUCUCGAGCCUAUAAAUAUUUGAAUAAAGACCAAAUCCAGGCUGAUGACUUACCAAUGACGCCAAUACGGCAGCGCAUUCUUUAUAGUAGCGCUGGAUGUGUCUGUGCACCCCCAUAUUUCUAUAAGUAGACUGCUAUAGAUUUCCUCAUCACUCGUUGUCUUGGAGAUGUGCUUAUUUUAAAGGCAGGUUUUUUUUUGGGUGCUUAUUAAAAACACAAGGAUCCGCCAAAUCCAGCACUGAUCAUUGUAUCCACAUCCUGACUGGGCCAAUAUUUACUUCACACUUAUUUUUGGUCAAAUUCUUUUUUUGUGUGUGUGUGUGUGUGUGUGUGUGUGUGUGUGGGUGUGUGUUGCUGUUUUGUCAGCAGCUAAUACAAGGCAUUAAGGAACAGUUUUCUCCCAUAGCCUUCAGGCAGACAUCAGGCUUCUAUCAGGCUCGCACUCAUGGAUCAGCCCACCAAGCUGCCCCCGUCGAGUCCAUCCUCACCCACCGCGGCCUUCUCUGUGCCCAGUGCUGAGAAGGUGGAUGGCUUUCCACGCCGCUCCAUGCGCAGAGCCCGCCAGAGAAGGUCACACAGCUCGUCGCAGUUCCGUUAUCAGAGCUCGCAGGUGGAGCUCACAGCUCUGCCUCUGCUCAAAGAUGCCCCAGUGGCAGAGCUGCAUGAUCUGUUUUGUAAGAAGCUGCAGCAGUGCUGUGUGCUCUUUGACUUCCUGGACUGUGUGGCUGACCUGAAAGGGAAAGAGAUCAAGCGUGCGGCGCUAAAUGAGCUGGUGGAGAGCGUGGCUACCAGCCGUGGCAUCCUUAUUGAGCCCCUCUAUCCUGAGGCCAUCAAGAUGAUUUCAGUGAAUAUCUUCCGUACUCUGCCGCCCAGUGAGAACCCAGAGUUUGAUCCAGAGGAGGAUGAACCCACACUGGAGGCCUCCUGGCCCCAUUUACAGUUGGUCUAUGAGUUCUUUUUGCGCUUCUUGGAGAGUCCUGAUUUCCAACCUUCCAUGGCCAAACGUUAUGUGGAUCAGAAAUUUGUUCUGCAGUUGCUGGAGCUGUUUGAUAGUGAGGAUCCCAGAGAGAGGGAAUAUCUGAAGACCAUACUGCAUCGUGUCUAUGGCAAACUGCUCGGCCUCAGAGCGUACAUCCGGAAACAGAUCAACAACAUUUUCCUCAGGUUCAUUUAUGAAACUGAACACUUCAAUGGAGUGGCUGAACUGCUAGAGAUUUUGGGCAGUAUCAUUAAUGGCUUUGCGCUGCCUCUGAAGUCAGAGCACAAGCAGUUCCUGGUGAGGGUCCUGAUCCCCUUACACACUGCCAAAUCUCUGUCCAUCUUUCAUGCACAGCUUGCCUACUGUGUGGUGCAGUUUAUGGAGAAAGACGCCACUGUUACAGAAUACAUCAUCAGAGGGUUGCUGAAAUAUUGGCCCAAAACAUGUACUCAGAAAGAGGUGAUGUUCCUGGGGGAAAUUGAGGAGAUUCUGGAUGUGAUUGAGCCAUCACAGUUUAGCCGUGUGCAAGAGCCACUUUUUAAGCAGAUCGCCAGCUGCAUCUCCAGCCCCCACUUCCAGGUUGCAGAGCGGGCUCUGUAUUUCUGGAACAAUGAGUAUAUUCUGAGUCUGAUCGAGGAGAACUGUCAGGUCAUCCUGCCUCUGGUCUUUGGCACGCUUUACCGAGUCUCCAAAGAGCACUGGAACCAAACUAUUGUGUCACUCAUUUACAACGUCUUGAAGACCUUUAUGGAGAUGAAUAGCAAGCUUUUUGAUGACCUUACUGCCUCCUACAAGGUAGAGAAACAGAAGGAGCUGAAGAGGGAGAAGGAGCGUGCUGAGUUGUGGAAGGGGCUGGAGGAGCAGCAGGAGCGGAGGCUGCAGAGUCUGGGGGAAGCGAGUCGCAACCAAAAGAACCUGCAAGAGCGAGAGAACCUGAGCAAGAACGAGCCGGAGAGCAGCGCUGCCAGUGCCACCUAGAACACACAUACGCACGCACACACAAACACACACACACACACACACACACCACACAUCCUACACACACACACAAAUGCACAAGCCAAUAUGUACAAACAUGGAGAACAUAAUAACACACACUUUGUUUUACUGACAGUUUUUACUCUGGAACUUACCAUCACCUCAAAUAUACAUACACACAAAUACUCCUACACGUGAACACACACACACACACACACAUCAUACAUCAUACAUCAUACAGACAACAUUGCUGGAACAAUCAGAUGGAACAAACCAACAGCCGGUUGUCUAUAUGUAGAUAUACAAGCCACUCUAACACUCACACAUAUGAAGUGAGAUGUAAAUGAUGCAGAAAGAAAAGAUGAGUACCUCUCACUCUUCAUGCCUUUUAUUCAUUUCCUCUGUCUCUAUACAUAUCUUACACACUUCUUACUCAAUCUAUCGCUUUCAUUGCUUCCCUUCUGUUUCUCUCUUCCUCUCAUAUACACUAAAUGUAUACAAUGCAUACACACACUGAUAACUACACACACUGAUGACACAUGCAGAAAAGCAAGGACAUUCAAUACAUGCAUGGACACAUGAAUGGGUUGGAGUCACACACACACACACACACACACACACACACACACACACACACACACACACACACACACACAGUCAUCUGUUAAACUCUGGAACGGGUCUAAUCUCGCUCGGGACCUCUCUCAGUCUCAGUGUCAUGUCCGCCAUUGGACUCACACACUCUCCCAAAAGAUGAAGCAACAUGCUGAAAAUGAUGAUGAUGAUGAUUAUGAAGAAUUAUGAUGAAGAUAACUCUGUAAAAGUAAUGGUUAUAAUGUUCUUAUUACAGCUUAUUCUAUAAGUAACACUUCUAUUGCUACUUCAACUGAUGUUUUUAUAUAUACAUAUAUAUAUAUAUAUAUAUAUAUAAAUAUAUAUAAAUAUAAUAUCUAUGUCCGAUUAUAGUGUUGGUGGGGGUAUUCUAGUGUAGCACCUCUUAAACAUGACAAAAGUAUGCUGCUAGACUAAAUUUGUUCUGAUGUGAAGACGAAACAUUACACUAGUCCGUUCUUCUUCUGGGGUUUCUUAAAAAAAAAACAACAAAAAAAAAACAACGACAACAAACAUCCAAAAUGUAUUACUUUAGCAAUAUUCUCAUCUACUUUGAAUGUGUGUCAGCAGUUUUCUUUGGAGACCAUACCACCUACAUCAGUACCCAUAGUUUUAAAGAUGCUGUUGAUAUUUUGUUGAUUGUUUUUAAUUUUUAUUUUUGUAUAACAGUUUGGCUGUUGAUAUUUAUUAAUAUUUAUUUCAUAUUGUGACCAUCUUGGAGCAAAAACCAGAUGAACAAGACUGGAAGUGACUGUAUGCUUAAGCGUACUUAAGUCUGGGAUGGAUUGUCAAUAUUUUGAUGUUGGAUGUUGGUUCUGUACCAGCAUAUUCCAUGACUUUCCUCUGUUUUCCUCUGAAAAAAACAACAACAAAAAAACAAGAAAAGUGUAGAAAAAUCAUUGUUCAUUUUGUUAUUGAUUUUGUAAAAGGUGCACCCCCCACCUCCCCAUACUUCCUACAAUGACAAGGGUUAGAUGUGAGAGAGUCAGUAAGGGACUCAGUAGAAUAGAGAGAAGGCAAUACAUGAACUGGAACUGUAAGCAUAAGUAGCACCACUUCAACUAGAAUUGCACUGUCCUCUUGAUCGAUGUUUUGUGUUUAAAUAUAGCAAUGUAUUUUUGGGGGACCAACGGCUUUGGGAUAUGAAUGUAUAAAAUAUGGGAUAUAAACAUGAAAAUGUCUGUUGAAGUGCUUCACAUGGAGAAAUGAGUGUUACAUGUCGUUAUUCGCUAAGCACACACAAAACAGAAAAAAAUGGCUACCUCAGAUUUAUUGAGACGUACAGUCUCUCAGAAACAGAAACUAAAGGUAACAUUUCACAUUCUGUUCCAUGUAGAAACGGAGGUAGGUGAACAGAAACAUGUUGCUGAGAGGUUUGGUCGAUAAAAGGUCACCAAUUUCAGUUUGGCGCCAGUGUUUGGUGCUCUGGAGUCUUUACAGCUAGAAAUAUUUGACUUUUGACACCUAGGUGAGCUUUACACACAUCAAUUAUUUAUAUUUUGUGCAUCACAAGUUUAGUUCUCAUAUUUACAAAUGCAAACUAGGCAGAAAGAGUUGACAAAAAGUAGUACCACUGAAAACUAAUAUUGUAUUUCUGUUGCAGUCCAUAAGAGGGCGCACUUUUAGUAUAUUAGAGUAAGAAGUACCUCCCCUUUCUUAUGUUAUAGAAACUGUCUGUAUAUAUACAGUCAUGUGUAAAAAUAAGUACACCCCAUGAAAAUUGUUGGCUUUUUUUGACCUAUUUGGACAAACCAGCAUUUGAUCCUUUUUGAAACAGUGUCUAUUAAUAAAGUUUAUGGAGUGUAUCAAAUGACACAUA